GAGCGCCGACCGACAGUAGUACUCGGAAAAAAAAAGCACGCGCGCGCCCGGCCGCCUCUGUUGUCGUCGUUGCAAAACCUGCCCUACGCCUUUCCUCGUUCUGAUCCUUUCCAGCUUUCGCCGCCCGCCUUCUUCCUCUCCCUCCUCCGCCUCCUCCACUCUCCUCGUCCUCUAUCUCCUCCUGGUCGUCCGGCAUCAUCAUCGUUGUCGUCGCCGUGUUCGCACUGAUCAUCAUUGCGGCCUGCUAUUCGAGCAGAAGCGGGCGCUAAGGUAGCAUCGCAGAGUCGUGUCAGCGUCAUUACCGAGGGAGAAGGGGGGAGGAGUAUCAGACGAGGGAGGCGGUAGCAUAUUGGACAAUAAUUGCCCCGUCGGUCGAGGGCUGGUGUCGACGGCCGGCGGUGAACAAUGGCGGCGGGCUCAAGGAGGCGUGACGAAUCCUCCUCUUCUUCUUCCUCCGCCCCCUCCUCCCCCUCCUCCCCCUCCUCCCCCCGUUCCUCCUCUUCUUCUUUCCCGCGAGACGGUGGUGCUGCUCUUCUACUCACGGCGUCUCCGAUGCCUGCCGUUCUUACUGUCCUUCUCCUGUGCUGCUUCUCCUCCUGUUCCUUGAUGGCAGUCCAAGCUCAAGUGGAAGUUCAGCCCGUGGUGAACGUCUCUAAUACCAACCCCGCUCCAAACCUCUUGCCAUCGCAAUCGCAGCCGUCCGCUUUGCCGGAGCAGUCCGCCACCGCCCCUGCAGUCCUCUCCGCCUCCCCCGCAGUCCCCUCCGCCGCCGGCAUCGUUUCCGCCCCUGGCGCAAUUCCUUCCUUUCCCCCCACUGGUAUGUCCGCCGGGCCCAGUGUAAUGCCGCCUGAACAGUUUCCCGUCAACUCUUUGCCUUCCGCUGUGCCCUCCGCACCCGCCGUUCCCGGUGUUCCCGGUGUUCCCGGUGUCCCAGGUGCCGUAGGCGGAGCAGGUGCUGCUGCCGUUCAGACCCCCACGCCGCAAGGGUCCACCGCACCUAUACCUGUUGCUGGUCUUCUGCAUGGAAUCUUUGAAUGCGGUCUUCCAGAUCCUAGCCUGCCUCAAGACAAGCUCAACUUUCCUUUCGACUGUGCGGCAACAAUCAGCAAUAGGUACGUCUUUGCAGCGUUUGUGUGCUACCUGCUCCACUCCUCCCCACAUGCACACAUGACAAGGAAUACGGCCGUGAUGUAUCUUUCGAUGUUCUAGCGGAAGGUUCAUUCAUUAUUUUGCACAUUUGAGUGAGUCGUGGAACGAGGCCCAAUGUGUACUAUCUGCCCGUUUUGAGC